AUGGAAUCGUACAUAUUCGACCCAGUAAUCAGGAUACAUUAGGCAGCACCAAUACUACCACUAAUGAUAAUGUAAGGAAGAAGAUGACGAUGGCGCUGAUGAUGAUGAUGAUGAUGAUGAUGAUGAUGAUGAUGAUGAUGAUGAUGAUGAUGAUGAUGAUGAUGAUGAUGAUGAUGAUGAUGAUGAUGAUGAUGAUGAUGAUGAUGAUGAUGAUGAUGAUGAUGAUGAUGAUGAUGAUGAUGGGGCAGAAGAAGAAGAGGUGAGGGAGGAAGAAGAAGAAAAAGAAAAAAAGAGGAAGAAGAAGAAGAAGAAGAAGAAGAAGAAGAAGAAGAAGAAGAAGAAGAAGGAAAGAGGUUUAAGAGGUUCUGUGUAA